AUGUGGCGGAUUUUUAGCUUUGCGCUUUAUCAAAUUCAACCUUAUGUGAUGGCUUUGCAAAUCCAUCUCCCUAAUAGGCAGAUGGUUAGGUUCAGAGAUGAUGAUGUAAUGACAGAUAUUGUUGCUAGAGAGAGUGGUAAACGAACAAUGUUGACUGCAUUUUUCGACAGAAAUAAAGAAGACGAGAGUGCAAGACAACAUUUAUAUAAAGACUUUCCAAAACAUUACACAUGGAAUGUGAGCGCACGUCGUUGGAAUCAGAGAAAACAAGGAUCAAUGAUAGGACGAUUGGUUUAUGCUAAUCCCGUCGAAGGAGAGCGGUACUACCUACUCCUACUUUUAUCUCAUAUUAGUGGGCCUACAUCUUUUAAAGAUCUAUUCACAGUCAAUGGCAUAUUAUACCCGACAUUCCCGAAAGCAGCACUUGAGAGAGGAGAUGUUCGCAAGUUGUGGGAUCAGCAUUACGAUUCACUUUCAGAAGAUUAUAGACGACAAUGCGAAAGUGUUGACCGAGUUCGGAAUAUUGUCCUAACUGACAUCACAAGCUUUCUACAAUCUAUGGGUAAAAAUCUUGAUGAUUUCGAUCUUCCAAAGAUAAAUGUAGAUACGAACUUACAAUUUGGAAGUUUUCAUGAGGUACAAGAGGAAUACUCCAUAGUUGUGGAAGACGAACAUUUACAUGCCCGAGAAUCCCAUAAUUUCGACCAAACAUACGCAUAUGAUGAGAUCAUGAAGCACGUAGACGAUGAUCRUUCAGGAGUAUUCUUCAUAGAUGGUCCAGGGGGGACUGGAAAAACRUAUUUGUACAAAGCAUUGCUUGCCAACAUUCGUUCUCGUGGUCUCAUUGCUCUUGCCACUGCUUCUUCAGGUGUUGCAUCUAAUAAUAUGCCUGGGGAGAGAACAGCUCACUCCCGAUUUAAAAUUCCCCUUAAUCUUGAUAACAACUCCAUGUGCAACAUAAAAAAACAAAGCGGAACUGCUAAAUGCUACGGGAUGCAAAUAUAA